GUAGAAUUGGCAGCAUUCGUCCGGCCCAAAAGGCUGUUACAAUGCUUGUACAGCAUGUUUCUUUCAAUAUAUGUGUCGCUAACCCCCUGCGGCUGUAAGGUUGACGUCGACGUCGGUUUGUACAACUGCUGGAUGAGCCAGUAUGCCUUCUCACUGGGCGGAUAAGCCGUAUUCUCUUAUUUCUACCGAUCCAUUCUCGAAAGACUCCUCGCAUGCGGCAUACUAUGUUGCAACGCAGAUGGCACUUGCCCACAAUGGCAUACUCCGAGGGUUGAACUCCAUCUACCUCCAAGCGACUCACAUACCGCGCGAAGACCUGGUCGCCAUUGGAGAUUUCCUGACAUAUUGCCAAUGCUGGUGUGAGUCCAUGCACCACCACCACGAUGCCGAGGAGGAGAAUUUCUUCCCGAGCAUAGAGCGGAUAUCAGGUGUCCCAGGAAUCAUGGAACGCAACAUAGAGCAACACCGAGCAUUCACGCCGGGAUUUGAUCUGUUUCACGAAUACUCUCGGACUUGUCUUCCUGAACAUUAUGACGGACGGAAGAUCAGGAGCCUCAUCGAAGAUUUUGCGGAGCCGUUAAGUCGACACCUGCAUGACGAAGUUGAAACUCUGCGAGCUCUCGACAUAUACGACAGCAAGUCUGUACGGCAAGCCUAUCAGCGUCUCGAAAAGAGCCUAAUGGACACCGACAAUUAUCGAAUCGGCCCUCUCGUGUUUGGAACCGCUGACAGGAGCUUCGAAGGCGGCAUGCAUGACUUCCCAUCUGUACCAUUCUUUGUGCCUUACAUCAUUCACUACUGGUUUGCUAGGCGGCAUCGUGGCGCUUGGCGAUUCAAUCCGUGCACUCUUUGGAGGGAUCCCAGAGAAUUGGCCUUUAAAAGUGCAAGCACAAUGCCCUGAUUCCACUCCAGGAAUGUGGCAGUUCUUCAGGUAAUGGUCAACUGGUCUAGCGAGCGGCAGGCUGAUGAUUUGAAGGAGAAUAAGGAUAGCACAAGUCCCCUUGGUGCGGCUGCACAGUAUCAAGAAAGCUAGAGGUGGGCAAAGACCCUCGGGUGCUUAUCGCAUAUCUCCAAGACCUUCAGCAGAACAACAGCAACACAGUACAGCCAUGUCCCAGUCCAGCAUUCACGCGCCGGUGGAAAUGACAUGCAUCCAUGUGAGUAUGAAUGCUUGCGGGUGGCUGUACCUACCUCACGCUCGGUUAUCUUUCCUUUUAGCAACACAAGCAAUUUUAAUCUUGACAUAUCAUAGAGACAAACUUUUCUUCAACA